CUGAAAUGAGGGAUUAGAGGCUGGGAUCCAAGGAGUAAGACGCUUCAGCCAGAAGACGAGCAAGCAGGCCCUGAAGAUACUUCUAUUAAGACGUCUGCCAUGGCCUCUCUUGGCCUCCAACUUGUGGGCUACAUCUUGGGUCUUCUGGGACUGUUGGGCACCUUGAUUGCCAUGCUGCUCCCCAGCUGGCGAACAAGUUCUUACGUCGGUGCCAGCAUUGUGACAGCAGUUGGCUUCUCCAAGGGCCUCUGGAUGGAAUGUGCCACUCACAGCACAGGCAUCACCCAGUGUGACAUCUACAGCACUCUUCUAGGCCUACCGUCUGACAUCCAGGCCGCCCAGGCUAUGAUGGUAACCUCCAGUGCAAUCUCUUCGCUGGCCUGCAUUAUCUCUGUGGUGGGCAUGAGAUGCACAGUGUUCUGCCAGGACUCCCGAGCCAAAGACAGAGUGGCGGUAGUGGGUGGAGUCUUCUUUAUCCUUGGAGGCCUCCUGGGCUUCAUCCCUGUUGUGUGGAAUCUUCAUGGGAUCCUGCGGGACUUCUACUCCCCACUGGUGCCUGACAGCAUGAAAUUUGAGAUUGGAGAAGCACUCUACUUGGGCAUUAUUUCCUCCCUGUUCUCCUUGGUAGCUGGAAUCAUCCUCUGCUUUUCUUGCUCAUCCCAGGGAAACCGUUCCAACUACUACGAUGCCUACCAGGCCCAGCCCCUUGCCACCAGGAGCUCUCCAAGACCUGGUCAACCACCCAAAAUCAAGAGUGAAUUCAACUCCUACAGCCUGACAGGGUAUGUGUGAAGAGACAGGGGCCAGAGCUGGGGGGUGGCUGGGUCUGUGAAAGCCAAUGGACAGUCCCCCAGAGCCACAGGUGAGGGACAUUGCUGCUGGAUCAUGUCAGAAGGUGCUGCUGAGGAUAGACUGACUGUGGUCAUCGGAUCAAGCGAAGGCAGAAAAGGGAGCUGGUGUGGCAGCAUGCAGGUUGAAUUGUCAAGGAUGACUGCCAA